AUGAAAUUUACAAAUUAUAUAUUAUCAUCAAUAUUUAUACUAGGUCCAGUGUUAUCACAAAAUGUUGAUGCUUUAGAAGGACUAGAAACAUUAAAUAAAGCUCCUCAUUCAAUUCAAAUUGGUGGAUUAUUAAAUAAAAGAGACGUUCGUGCUGAACUUGAUGGUGUUACUGAUUCAGAUUCUAUACCGAUUGAAGAUCAAGUUCAAAAUUCAAAAUUAUCAACAACUGAUUCAUCAUCAAUUUCAACUACAAAUAAUAUUAAAUCUUCAAAGUCACAAAUAGAUACAACAAAUUCAAUUGAAUCUUCAAAAAUCAUAAAGACUAAUGAAGAUGAUUCUAAAAAAGAAGAUCCAAAUAGUAAAUCUCCUUUAUUUAUGGCUAUUUCCAUGAUUGUUGUUUCAGAAAUUGGUGAUAAAACUUUUCUAAUCUCUGCAUUAAUGGCAAUGCGUCAUUCAAGAAUUUUAGUCUUCACUGCUUCAUUUGCUUCAUUAGCUGUUAUGACUGUAUUAUCAGGUAUUGUUGGUCAUGCAUUACCAACUUUAAUUUCACAAAGAGUUACACAAUUCUUAGCUUCUUUCCUUUUCAUUGUCUUUGGAUUCAAAUUAACUAAAGAAGGUUUAGAAAUGUCAAAAGAUCUUGGUGUUGAAGAAGAAUUAGCUGAAGUUGAAGAAGAAUUAGAAGUUACCGAUAUUAAUCAUGAAUUAAAUGAUUUAGAAUCAAAUCAAAGAAAUCGUCGUCCUUCAAACCCAAAUAUCGAAAGAGAUGCUAAAUUAAUCAAUACUGCAAUGGAAAAUUUUAAAUCAUUAUGUGGUUUAAUUUUAGAUCCAGUAUGGAUUCAAGUUUUCAUUAUGAUUUUCUUAGGUGAAUGGGGUGAUCGUUCUCAAAUUGCUACAAUUGCUAUGGCUGCAGGUUCAGAUUAUUGGUCUGUUAUCUCAGGUGCUGUUAUUGGUCAUGGUCUUUGUACUGCAGCUGCUGUUAUUGGUGGUAAGAUGUUGGCAUCAAGAAUUAGUAUGAGAACUGUUACAUUAGGUGGUGCUUUUGCCUUCUUUGUUUUUGCAAUCUUAUAUUUUGUUGAAGCUUGGAAUAAUACUGAUGCUUAA